AUGAGGUACAUGUUACUACCAGUGCUACGGCGUAUAACCCUAUUUAGAACUUUUGUAAUUUUAACAAUAACAACAACACUGUUUAUCGUUCUAUCACGGUGUUUGCAUCGCCAAAUAUUGCGUCCACGGAAGACAUUCGACUUUACAGUAGGAAUAACACAGUCCGCCAUCACGACACCGUUCGUCAUAGAUGAUGAAUCGACGCAAAUAGUCAAAGCCUAUGAAACACUACUACCCGUUCAAGCUGGCAGCGAAGCGGCAUGGUCAGUUGACAGUACCUUGGACUUAAUAUUUGAUCCAAGGUCAUGUGACAACCAGAUAGGAAAAGAAACCAGUGUGAAUACCGACAAGGGACGAAGCGUGGUUAUAAAUAAUCUCACUGUAGUCAAAGAUGGAAUAUAUUGGUCUGAAGAACUGGAGAGACUGCUACCAGCUGGACCUUCAGCUGAACAUAUAUACAAUGUAUCGUCACGGCUGCAAUUCAACUCUAACUUCACUGUGACACACAUGAAGGAGCGUGUUUGUAGUCACUGGGCCUCGCCUGAAAACGCCCAAAUUACCAUGAAGGACGGUAGUAAGUGGUGUGCUCGGUAUAAAACCCCGUGUUUUAUCUUAGGUGAAGUUAUGGCUUACUAUUUUUCACUGUUGAUGUGCAUCAAUCAUAUCCCUCCUGUCAUUGUAACCAAACCAAACCCGACCACUCCACAAUGGGGGUUAGAAGCAGUGAAGGAAUACCUGAACAACCAUUAUUGGAUACCGAGUGGACUGGUAACCUUAACAAAAUGGAUCCCGGAACUCCAUGCCACCUAUGUGCCGAAUAUCAUGAAGACUGGCGAUCGCUUCCUGCACGUAGACAACCCGAUGUUCAGUGGACUGACGCAACAACAGUUUUUGGAUUUAAUGGAAUAUAGUGACGCUACUAUUUUAGAUUAUUUACUAGCUGAAACUGACAGGGUGCUUUAUGCCGCUAGACAUAAUUUUACUGAUUAUGACGACAACAACAUGGAGAUACAUAACAUGUUUGCUGAUGGGAAUGGAAAUCAUUGGUUUCUUGACAACGAAAUGGCGUUCUUCUGGGGCCAAGCAAUACAGCAUCCAAAGUACGCCCCUCUUAUUGAAAUGCUGAAAUCCGUCUGUAUAUUUAAACGACGAACUGUUGUCAUGGUUACGAAACUAUAUCACCACAAGAACGUUCCGCACCUACUGUGGGAAAUAGUGAACGAACAUCUGGGUGGUUUGGAUUUAGUGUGGAGUUCUCAGUUGCCGAUGACUUGUAGGCGAUAUGGUAAACGGUACACCAUCGAUUGGGCUAGGACACUAACAAAGAGAAUCGGGCAUGUAUAUACAUGGAUUACGCGAUGUUCGACUGUUGGCUACAAAUCACUGCUACAGGAAAUACACUCAAAUCACGUCAUUACACACAAAAUGGGAGUCUUAAUAUCAGACAGUAAUUAGUCUUCCGUGAUAUGUUGUCAUGGUCACAGCAGAAUAAGGCGAUCCCCUCAGAAAACAGAUUCAAACUGGCCCCAUCAGACGCAUCUAGUUCCAGGAAGGAACUUCUGUUGAUAUAUCAGUGGAUUAUAUUGGGGAUACGAAUCUAAAACUGUCAUGGAAUGACUUCUCGGCUUUAUAGCUACUAAAAUUAUGAUGGAAAAACUGAUAAUAAUAAAUAAUGAACCACAUGAACUAUGAUAAAAGUUCUUUUCAUUUUAUUAUUGAGAUACUUCAAACAUCAACACUGAAGUGACGUCGUAAAGCAAAUUACAUUAUUUUUAUUGUAUUUAUUAUAUACAUUACAAAGUUACACACAGAAAGGAGUCAAUAGUAUACUAUAAAGGGAACUCUACAAUAUGUACGAAAUUACAUUUCCUGUCUCACAAAAAAAAAACAAUAAGGAAAUAGAUGUAUAGUUCCAUAAAAUUAUUAAAAUUGAUAGAAACGGUAAUGGAUAGAAACGGUAAAAUUGAAGAUGACCAUAUUAGCAUGCGAUAAAUAUGACCGUUAACAAGAAAGCCCUAUUGUGUUCAUUAUGCUCCUUUUGUGAAGAGGUUAGUGAAGACUACUUUCACUUAUUUUGGGAUUGUAAAUUUACAAGUUUUGGAACUCAGUUAGAAAAUGGUUGUUCUCGUUCACAGAAUUCUGUUUCUCAUUGAGUGCCACAAAAUGUAUUCCGGGAGAUAUUGAUGAGAAUGAUAAUCCAAUGCUUAACUAUGUCCUAUGGGGGCAUUUUUGUUAAAUUAUGAUCUGUAAUUGUUUUGUUUUAUGUUGUUUUUGUCUGUAAUCUAUCAUUGUAAUUUUUGCAUAUGAGUUAAUAAAAAAAAACCUAACCUAGAAUAAA